ACAUAAUUUCAUGGUUUCAGAAGGAAAGUAAGAUGGAAGCUAAAAAAAAGAAGAAAAAGGAAUUGCUAGAUCCUGGCGAGAAUGAAGCACCAACCUCUUUUGAAGCAAGAUAUAGUAAGAGAAGACGUACACAAAAGCUGUGUGAUCCAGAUUUUGUGUAUGAAGAAACUUUUACCAAAAGACCACGGAUGAGUCCACAACAUCAGGCGGCCGUACGUCAGAAAGUUUCACUCCAGAAACUUCCAAGAACUAAGUUAAUGACUUGUAAUACUCCAAAAACAUCAUCUAAAGAAAAUUCAUCUUCAGUUGUAAAUAUCCCAUCAAAACACAGCAAAGAUACUAGUCAUCAGAGUAUAACUACAUUUCCCAGUUCUUCAGUGAAGUCAGAACCUAGAGAUGAUUUGGAAGGGGUCAAGGAACUGUUCACUGAUUCUGUCUUGAAUUUAGAGGUAGAUAUAUGUUAA